GGACGUCAAGAAAAGCAAACAUAGCAGAUUCUGUCUGGAAGCAUAUAAAUACGGAGAUCUGCACAUUGAACUGACAAAGUCCCCUAGAGCAGAUCCUGAGCUGAGGUACUAAGCUGCAGAGAUGAAGUUUGUUGUUACAAUCUUUUGUGCUGGCUUAAUCUCAGCAGUUUCUUGCCAGCUACGAUGCCUAGGAGGGCCACAUCACAAGUCAACGCCAAGCUCUGAAACUAACUUUCAGGAAUGUUUUCUGUAUGCUGAAUCUUCAUGUUGCCAUGCCAACUUCACCCAAAAGCUAUCUGAUUCACCUCUUAUUGAGAUGAACAAUUACUACUACAACAGAUGUGGUAAUCUCAGCAAAAGGUGUGAAGAUUACAUGAAGAGAAUAGAAUGUUUCUAUCAGUGCUCUCCAUUGGCCAGUCACUGGAUACACCCUAACAUUUCAGAAGCAAUCCAACAUGUGCCUGUGUGCCAAUCCUUCUGUGACAAAUGGUUUGAUGCUUGCCAUUCUGACUUGAUCUGUGCUUACAACUGGAUAUCGGACUGGACUUUUGAUGAGACUGGAAACCACUGUAAAAAUGACUGCAUUCCAUUCAAUAAGAUGUAUGCAAAUGGCACUGACCUUUGCCAGAAUGCCUGGGGGAUCUCAUUUAUAGCCAGCUCAUCCCCAUGCCGCUGCUUGGAUUUUACUGAGACAGACACAAAGGUGAUAAAAUACAUCUUGAAGGGAGAUAACUCAGAAGAGAGUGGUGAGGAGGAGGCCUGCAAACCAAGACUACAGAAGCCUGAGGACAAAAAAGCUGCAGACCCAGAAGAGCAUGAAUGACACCUGGUGUCCUGGGAUAACCUGUUUUUGACGAGAGAAGCCACCUAAUUACACAUUCUACAGAAAAUCCCAUAGAGAAUAUUUUUGCUUGCAAAGACAGAAAUCUGCUUCUACCAGACUGCUUCUAUCUCAUGUAUUUAAUUGUAAUGAGAAUAAAUAUAUUAAUAUAGUGCUGGA